AUGGAAGAUAGCUCCAGCAAUACUAUAUUGCAUAUGGCAGGGAUGUUAACAGAACAUACUCCUAUCGAUCACAUAAGAGGUGCAGCUUUGCAAAUGCAAAGAGAAGUUCAAUGGUUUAAGGAGGUAGAACACAUUUGCCCUCUCUCUUGUAAGGAACGUUUAAACAGAGAUGGGUUGACUCCCAAACAAUUGUUUACUGCGACUCACCAAAAAUUGAAAGAAAGGGGAGAGAAAUGGAUGAAAGGCACAGCAACUUCUUCAACAGUGGUAGGCGCUCUAGUUAUUACCAUUACGUUUGCAGCGGCAUUUACUAUUCCCGAUGGUAACAACCAAGAUACAGGCUUGCCAAUCCUUCUGGAUAACAAAUUGUUUAAGAUCUUUAUGGUAACUAAUACCAUGUCACUCUUUUCUUCCUCAACUUCAGUAUUGACAUUUUUGGGAAUUCUCACUGCACGUUAUGCGGAAGAAGACUUUCUUACAUCCUUACUUAAAAGGAUGAUAAUAGGCCUCUUCACCCUCUUCUUCUCUAUUACAACAAUGAUGAUAGCCUUUUCUAGUGCUCUUUUACUUAUAUUACGUGGACAAAUAUGGUUUGUUGCUCCUAUCAUUGGUUUGGCAGGUGUUCCCAUAAUCCUAUUUGCAUUGAUGCAGUCUCGCCUUCUUUUUGACAUGGUUGUUUCAACCUAUGGACCAGGCAUCUUCGAUAGGAAAAUGAAGGCAUGGCUUUAA